AUGGCGUCCACUCCGUACACGCUGUACUACGCCCCAGGCACGGCCAGUCUGUGCGUGCACUGGAUGCUGAUCGAGGCGAACCUACCCUUCGACGCGAUCCCCGUCGACUUCACCACGGGGGCCCAGCACACCGAGGCCUACCGCCGACUGAACCCGACCGGGCGCGUCCCCACGUUGAUCGUGGACGGCGAGGCGCACGGGGAAAGCACGGCCCUGCUGAUGCUGCUGGCGGAGCGCCAUCCCGACCGCGGGCUGAUGCCGGCCGUGGAGGAGGCCGCGACCCGCCCGCAGUGGCUGCAGACGAUGAUCUACCUGGCCAACACGGUGCUGCCCGCCAUGCGCGACUGGUUCUAUGCCGACACGGACGGACCGGCCGAAGGGGCGGCCGCGGUGCGUGCCCUGGCCCGCCGACGGAUCGAGGGGGCCUGGGAACUACUGGACGCACGACUGGCAGGAACAGCGGGCUCCCGCGGAUCGCCUUCAUUGCACAAAGCUCCAGAGUAUCUCGUUGGGAAGAGCCUGACGACGGCGGACUUCCUGGCCGUGAUGCUGAUGCGCUGGUCGCGCGACAUGCCCCGACCGGCGACGAGUUGGCCGCAUCUGGCCUCGUACGUGGAUCGCCUCACGGCAUUGCCUUCCUGGAAGGAGGUCUGUUGUCGCGAGGGUUUGUCCCAUUGGCCCCCGGCCAGGGAUCAGUGA